AUGAACCUAAAACAAAAACCACGGGUCUCCUCGCCCGAAACUCAAACCACGGGUCUCCUCGCCCGAAACUCAAACCACGGGUCUCCUCGCCCGAAACUCAAACCACGGGUCUCCUCGCCCGAAACUCAAACCACGGGUCUCCUCGCCCGAAACUCAAACCACGGGUCUCCCUGCCCGAAACUCAAACCACGGGUCUCCUCGCCCGAAACUCAAACCACGGAUCCGGAAUUCCUUUGCCUCAGCGCUGUUUACAAGACUAACCCUAGUGUGGGGCCCCAAUUUGUGAACCUCCCGCUCUGCUCUCCACGACAGCCUCCUGCCUAG